CAUGGAAACGAUUGCAGAAGCAGCAGUGCAUGGAGAAAAACUUCUCAUGUUUCAAAUAGUUUGUGAUCGUGGUUCGAAUUACAAAUCGAAAACUUCCGGAUUGUUCCUGGUGAUAGACCACUUCCAACAAUGGAUUCCGUCCAGAUGAUAGCUCACAUCGAAAAGUCCCUGGACUAUUCGAUAUUUGACGUGAAGUGGAUGCCCUGCUCGGCCAAAUUUGUGGUGAUUGGAUCCAAACCGAAAGGAACCGGAAUUCUGCAGAUGUACGAGCUGAACCGUGGCGAAUUGGACAAGGUGAAGGAGGUUGAAAAGCCUAAAUCGUUCAAAUGUUGCUCCUUUGGAGCUUCAGCAUUGCGUGAUCCGCAAUUGGCUACCGGUGAUUUUGUGGGUAAGUUGGCGGUUUAUGAUUUGGAACGAUUGGAACAACCGGUGUAUGAAGUAGGGGAGGCACAUGCCGGGAUCAUUAACACCCUCGAUGCCAUCGGCGGAACGACCGUGAACUGUGGAGCACCGGAAAUUGUCACCGGGGGAAGAGACGGAUCGGUAAAGGUUUGGGAUCCGAGACAAAAAGAUGUCCCGGUGGCGCACAUCAGUGCCAUCGGGGAUAAUCCGGCCGAAAAACGUGACUGCUGGGCAGUUGGGUUUGGUGAUUCGUACAAUUCCAUUGAACGAUCAAUAGUAGCUGGAUAUGACAAUGGAGAUGUUAAACUGAUUGACCUUCGCAUCAUGAAGGAGCGAUGGACCAGCAACGUAAAGAACGGUGUUUGCGGAGUUGAAUUCGAUCGCAAGGACAUUAAAAUGAAUAAACUUGUUGUCACCACAUUGGAAGGAGGAUUACAUGUGUUUGAUAUGAGAACCCAGCACUCGGAAAAAGGAUUCGCACAGCUAACAGAGAAAGACGCGGGACAGGCAUUAGGAAGCAAUGGAGUGAUAAGUGGGUCAAAGUCCACCGUUUGGACUGUUAAACAUUCACCACAAAACAGAGAUAUAUUUGCUUCUUGUGGGGGAGCUGGUAAUAUCCGAUUAUGGCUUUAUCACUACCCGGAGAAACGAACAAAAUCUACCUCUACCGGAGAAGAACAAGGAGUAGUAGGUUCUUUAGAAAUGCUGAACGCCACGACCAUUUCCACCCAACCGGUUCAUGCCUUCGAUUGGAGUCCUGAUAGGCAAGGAUUGGCUGUAUGUGGAGCAUUUGAUCAAACUGUUCGGGUAUUAGUUUCAACUAAUUUACAUUUACACUAAGUUAUUUUCGAUUGGAAUACAAAUAUACGAGUUCCGUAUUUCUAAUUUUA